UCUUGGGCCAUCGUGGGCGCCCUGACACUCCGCGAACCCUUACCCUCAUGAAGGGGGUGGUAAACCUCCCCAGAUGGAAAAGGCUGUUUGGGAAGAGGAAGGCAAGAACUCGUUAGACCAGCUUAGCCCAACGGGCUGGUGGGAUUACACGCACACCGUAAAUUCUUUCGAGGUGCCGGAGAAGAGUGAAGUCGUCAUCGAUUUGGCGACCACCGCGUUCAACGUGUUCUCGGCAGAUUUGAGUACGAAGGACGAACUGAACAAGUCUAUGCGAGACGCCUGCUACAAACACGAUGUUCCGUGUAUCAACAUCGUGAAGCGCUUUCACAUUCCCUUGGGUAGCGGGGACAUCCGCAUUGAGGUUAUCAGCGACCCCACCGCGAAAACAGAUUUCACCAAGAUGAAUUACAACUACCAUGGGGAGAAGCAUUGUUUCUAUUGGGGUGUAGAGUGGUUUGGGGACAAGAAGUCCAAGGCUUACAUGUCGAUUGUAAAGUACGAGUUGUGUGAGGGCCAGGAUAUUGUUGCCACGAAGCGGAGCUGGCACAAGGAUAAUUGGUAUCCGUCGGAGGCGAUCAUGAUCAACAAUCCUGACCCCAAUGCAGCAGAGGACGACGGAGUCCUCACUUUUAUUGCUCUCGAAGGUGCGUCUGAGCAAACCUAUUUCAUCACCCUGAACGCAUCAACCAUGGAAGAGAUAUCGAUGGCUGGCCCUUAUGCUCCAGUUGCCUUCACAACGCAUGCUCAGUGGUUCCAGAACAUGGUGCCGCCCCGCUUAUCCGAGGCCAUUGUCGUUUGAAACCACUACCCACUCGUUCAGCGUGCUCAAGACGCUCAGCUUUUUUAAAUAUAUGUUUGCUGCGAUUGCCCGCUCAGUUUGUUUUGUCACGCGCCAGCUCUGCUUUUCCCUGGCACCCCCCCGCCAUCCAGAGCAUUCGGGAACAGAUUCUGGUUCCCCUGGCGCAGAACUGAUGGUUAUUAAGCUACGCUCGCAAGUUGCAAUCGGAGCAUGUUGUAGCGGGACCAUAGCUGUGGAGGCCUCACCUCGUAGACCUACGCUGCGUGGAAAGAGUUGCAGAGCUAGACGACAACGGA